GCUGGCCACCGGGCCCUGGCGACAGCCGCCCUCCUCCCUCUCGUCCUCCGGACCCAGCCACAUGGCCUUGAGGCGGCGCAGCGACGACCCCGGGCCGUUGCUGUACGGGUCUUCGAAGUCCCGCUCCUUCUGCAGCCGGAUGUGUAUUUCUUUCCCAUCAUCUGCGAGGUAGCGCUAUUGGGACAUGUGCGCAUUUACGUUUCGGCUGCUAACAUACCUCAUCGUUCUAUACUACUGUGGUUGGGAGAUCCUGAGCAGCACAGCCACGUGUAUGCCAUUGGCUUGUAAUCCUGCAAUGAGCCACCACCAUUGUCCUCCCCAUGGGUCUGCUGGUUUCUGUCCAACCCUGCGCAUUGAUAUGUGAAAGCCACAUGGGACGAAGUGUCUGAUUUCAUGCUCUGCCACUUGAAUGCACUGAAUGUGAGUCAAGCUCAUGUUGAGUUGUUGCGCCCGGUGUAUCACAUCAUGCAAUCUACAUCUCCACCAGAAACAGUCAAUACCAAGUAAAUUUUAAAAAGUUGUGCAGUUAAGAGUAUUUUCUUAAUAUUGUCAUUCAGUUUUUAUUACAUUUAAAGUGCUUUCAAUUAAAAGUGUUUAAAUUAUUUGAGACAAUCUUGACUUUGAGAAUGUCUCUGGGUAUUAGAGACAUUUAAAAUGGUUCAAUGGGCUUUGAAAGGAGUGAACAAUCAAAAGGGCAACAGGGAGCUCGGUGGUGUGCCUCAGGAUUUCCUACCAGUUGUCAGUCACAACCCACAGCUCUCUGCAGGUAUGGUUCAUCAUCUGGGCACAGAAUAGUGCAGGCAGGCUGGCUCUCAGCAAGUUCAAAAUCACAUUGCUCCCUUUUUUCCCCCUCACCCACCCUCUGGCCUUGCCCCUCUUGCCUGGGUACACCUAUCACCCAUCAGCUUGUACUCCUUCCCCUAAUUAUUCUGACUUCUGUUCACUUUCUUUCCAGUCCUAAUGAAGGGUCUCAGCUUGAAAUGUCGACUGUUCAUUAUCCUCCUCAUGUCCUGCCUGACCUGCUGAGUUUCUCCAGCAUUUCGUGUGUGGAUGUAGAAAUGUGGAAUGCUAAAGUACAACCCAUGAGUGUGUUGCAGAUUAGUUGUAGAGCAACCAAUUAGUCCCCCCAUAGCCUUGCAAAUUAUUUACCAUGAAGUAAUUAUCCUGUUCCCACUUUAAUAGAAUCUGUUCUAUCAGUUAGUGCACCUUAGAAUGUUGCACUAAAAAAACAUCCCUGUGCAUCAUGAUAUUCUAGAUCAUAUACCAUCCAACUUAAAUCUGUGCCUAUGGUGACCAGCCUUCCUCAGUUUCCGCAUCUAAACCUGUCAAGGUUUCCUGCGCCUCAUCCAAAAUUGCUCCUCAACCAUUCCAGAUUAUUUUAAUUCCUGCAAGCAAAGUCUUUCAAAUAUUACAACAGUCUGAAUAAACAUUUGAGCAUCUUUUCUGAGGGCUUUUAAUUUCUGCAGAACCUGUGGCCAGAGACGGUCAAGAUACUCUCAUCUGGGAUCUAAUGAAGGUUCAACAUUAAUGGCUUGCUUUAGUACUCCCUGCCUCUAUUGCCGAAGCCAGGAUCUUGUACGUUUGUUAAUUGGAUUCCAACCACUCAACAGAUGAUGCCAUUAACACCACCCUCCACCCGGCCCUAACCCACCUGGACAAAAAAGACACAUACAUUCAGAUGCUGUUCAUAGACUUCAGUUCAGCAUUCAACACAAUCAUCCCUCAGAAACUGAUUGGAAAGCUGAGCCUACUGGGCCUGAAAACCUCCCUCUGCAAUUGGAUCCAAGACUUCCUGACUGGGAGACCUCAGUCAGUCCGGAUCGGAAGCAGCAUCUCCAACACCAUCACAAUAAGCACGUGGGCUUCUCAGGGUUGCGUGUUCAUUCCACUGCUGUUCACUCUGCUGACCCAUGACUGUGCUGCAACACACAGCUCGAACCACAUCAUCGAUUUCACUGAUGACACCACUGUGGUGGGUCUCAUCAGCGAGAACGACAAGUCAGCAUACAGAGAGGAGGUGCAGUGGCUAACGGACUGGUGCAGAGCCAACAACCUGUCUCUUAAUGUGAACAAAACAAAAGAGAUGGUUGUUGACUUCAGGAGGGCAUGGAGCGACCACUCCCCGCUGAACAUCGAUGGCUCCUCGGUAGAGAUUGUUAAGAGCACCAAAUUUCUUGGUGUUCACCUGAUGGAGAAUCUCACCAGGUCCUUCAACACCAGCUCCAUAGCAAAGAAAGCCCAGCAGCGUCUCUACUUUUUGCGAAGGCUGAGGAAAGUCCAUUUCCCACCCCCCAUCCUCAUCACAUUCUACAGGGGUUGUAUUGAGAGCAUCCUGAGCAACUGCAUCACUGCCUGGUUCGGAAAUUGCACCACCUCAGAUCGCAAGACCCUGCCGCGGAUAGUAGGGUCAGCUGAGAAGAUCAUCAGGGUCUCUCUUCCUGCCAUCAUGAACAUUCACACUACACGCUGCAUCUGCAAAACUAACAGCAUUAUGAAGGACCCCACGCACCCCUCAUACAAACACUUCUCCCUCCUGCCAUCUGGGAAAAGGCUCUGAAGCAUUCAGGCUCUCACAACCAGACUAUGUAACAGUUUCUUCCCCCAAGCUAUCAGACUUCUCAAUACCAGACCUUGCUCUACUGUCCUGUUUAUUAUUUAUUGUAAUGCCUGCUCUGUUUUUGUGCACUUUAUGCAGUCCAGUGUAGGUCUGUAGUCUAGUGUGGCUUUCUCUUUUUUUUAAUUACGUAGUUCAGUCUAGUUUUUUGUACUGUGUCAUAUAACACCAUGGUCCUGAAAAACGUUGUCUCAUUUUUACUAUGCAAUGUACCAGCAGUUAUGGUCAAAAUGACAAUAAAAGUUGACUUGACUUGACUUGAACUGCCCUGCCACAUGUAAACACAUCCUAAUGUUAAGUGAGGUUUAUCUAUUUUCCCCAUGUAUUAUAUCUGUGGAGUAAAAUUAAUGAUUAAGCUAAUUUUUGUGAAUGGUAAUUUCACAAAAUGGUAAUUUCAUGGUUAAAUCAUGCACUUAGCUUACGAUCAAAUGCUUGUCACUAGAAUGAUAUAAAACUAAAAAUAUUAAAAUGUUUAGAUCUUGUACAGAAUUAUAAUGUGCUUACAAGAAAUGAAAUAACCCUUUCCGUCUGACUUGUCUAUUGGAUAUAUUUAUGCCUCGUACAUGUCACCUCACAUUUAAAUCAAAUACUCCUAUAUUGCACUGAAAAUUCAUUUGACAAAUGAAAGCAUGAUGCUAAAUUAGUUCCAGCAUGAUUGAAGGAAAAGAAAUGUUAAAAAGACACAUUGAAAAGAUUACACAGUUAAAGGUAGAUUGCCAUAGCAACACGAACAUGUUUAGGCUUGGGUAUAGGUUAUUUUGAACACCUGCAUAAGUAGUAGGCACAGAGAGAAAACAAGUUAAGUGUCAAUUAAUUGUAGGCUGAAUUUGUAAGAAGCUAUUGUUGACAAGUCACUGCCUCAAAGGCAUGAGUAUAUAUUAUUAAAGCUGGAAUCUAGAAUGUAUUGAAACACACCUCUGCCAUGACAGCUGCAGUUUGCAUUUUGCUUUCUGACGAUGAUAUUCAUGUGGUGUCUCUUGACACGUUUCACAUUCUAGUUUUAUGCUUAUAGUUUGCUUGCUAUGAAGAAGUGCUGGCUUCAAGAGUAGGCCAUGUUACGCACAGUUAUCUCCAUCCAAACACUGAGAAUUUUA